AAGUCGUCAUUCAAACAGGGCGAUAUAAAGUUGAAGAGAUCUCGACUUCUUGUUAUAGCAUCGAAAAAGGCUGGAGACGUCCCUGCGGAUACUUUUUCGCUGAGUCGGCGUGUGUUUGAAGAGGAACUGCUGCUGCUGCUGUCCUAUUCAUGCGACUCGCAAAAUGACUUUAGUCGUUUCCGCGCACACAGUCAUCACUGCUUGUGUGAUCUGUGCUAUACGUCUUGGCAGUGGAGUAAACAGUGAAUCAGGUACAAGCCCUUCGAUCGGAUUUGAGAACCUCCCUGCCGGAUUCAGCCGGCCCCAGGAGCAGCUUAACAUCCAUGGUUCUAUUCCGAAAUGGCUGAGUGGUUCGUUUUACAGCAAUGGCCCAGGGUAUUGGAAAGAAGGUGAUCAUUGGUUCGUUGGCCAGUCCUUUCUCAAGGUGUUUACUUUCUCCAACGGGGUAGUAUCUUUCAUGGCACGCUUCACCAACACAUCUGAGUUCCAUCGAGUCCCGCAACCUACGGCCGAGCCCAUUAAGCAGUCGGCUGAUGGAGCAUCGCUGGCUACUAGCAUGCCGCAGUCUGUGAACACCCAGAUUGGCGUGCUUCGCAUUGAUGAUAGCCUGGUAUUAACUACUACGUAUACAUCAGUGAGUGAAGUGUGCCCAGUGACCGGAGAGACUUUGCAAGCACAAUUCCUCUUUGAUGACGACAUCCCUAACACCCUCCCCUGCGCAUCCAUUCACCAAGUUGAUGCCAGUGGAAACAUCUACAAUUUCCACUACGUACUCGGAGAGAUGCCAGGCUACCAACUGUACCGCAUUGCUAAAAGCACGAGGAAGAGAGUAGCGCUCGGUCCGGUGCUACCAAGUCGUUCUGAUGCACAGUCACCAUUCUUUGUCAACAGCUUUGGUCUAACAGAGAAUUACAUUGUAGUUCCUGAGACUCCAAGCCUAGUUGAUGCGGACUUUUCAGGGACAUUCUUGAAGGAUCUUGGUACGCGCUGGUAUGUACUUAAUGGCACAACUGGCGGGCUAGUGAAAACAUUUGAUAGUCCUGCAUUCUUCUGCUUCCACGUACUAAAUGCCUAUGAAGAUGAGGAUGCUCAGGGCAAUGCUGAAAUUGUGAUCGAUCUCCCUACCUACCCUGACAUCGACAUUCUGCUUGCCCUGAAGAUUGACUUGUUGCGUGGCGACAGUCCAGACGCAAUGAAUGCUGUCAGUGAUAGUGAAACACAUCGCUAUAGGCUCUCUCUUAGCAGCACACGAACAUCUGACGCUGCGCAAACCCAGGUCUAUGGGCAAGUGCUGAGCAAGCCAACUAUCGAAAUACCCACCAUAGAUUACGAGCGUUUCAACAGCCGCAAGUAUCGUUUCGCCUAUGGAUUAUCCAGUACUGAUGGCCAGUCUAUCUUCCUGGACAAGAUUGUCAAAUUGGACAUGGGCGCAGCUAACCUACAAGAGAAUGGCGCUAGGUCUGUGGUAUGGUCGGGUACGAAUCUCUACCCGAGUGAGCCCAUGUUUGUUCCCAGGACAUCAGACGGUGAUGAGGAUGACGGCGUUUUGCUAAGUAUAGUACUGGAUGCUGCAGCCAAGCACUCUUUCCUCCUCGUACUAGAUGCACCAUCAUUCGCUGAGCUUGCACGCGUCCCCAUUGACUUCGCAAUUCCAAUCGGAUUUCAUGCUAGAUUCUUCCGGAGCGGAACAUUCAAACCACUGUCCAUCAAAUCUGAUCCCAAAACAAUGCCGAAUCAUGUAGAACUUUGCUUCGAACAAUAUUGGUUCUCUCUCGGCACGCAAGGUUCUAGUAUCGUUACCACCAGUCCUGCGCGCAUGGUCUGGGGCACUAUGGACAGGCUUUGUUCGUUUUACUCUGCACGGACUGUGGCAGGCAUACUUCUCAUAUUGCUCUUGUCUAUAGAAGAGUACGGCAUAGAGGCUUCUCAGCUGUCGCCUAAUGCCGCCAGCCCGGCAAUAGGCUUUCAAAACCUACCAGACAACUUCACGGAGACCAAGGAAAACCUGAAGGUACGUGGCUCCCUUCCAAAUUGGAUCAAUGGCUCGUUCUACAGCAACGGUGGUGGCUGGUGGAACACUGAACUGUUUCACUGGUUUUUGGGUCUUUCAGUGGUCAAAGUAUUUACUAUUUCCAAUGGCAGCGUGGCAAUGCAUGCACGCUUUCUCAAUUCAUCCGUAUUUCGUCAGUUUGUUCAUAUCAAUCACUCUCACGGGUUAGAUUCAGAUCGAGUCGGGCACCAUCGCCCCCACCAGCGCUCUUCCAUUGAUCCAGAGCGACAGAGAGUGCAGCAUAACAUUGUGCAGUCGAUAAACACUGCAAGUGGAGUGACAAGAGUUGGUAGAAACCUAUUGCUCAUGGGCUCCAGUACUUCACUGAAUGAAAUAUCACCAGCAACGGGCGACACCUUACAAGCACCGUUCAUGUUCGAAGACAGCCUGCCAGCAGCGCUGGACAGUCCAUCUCACUGGCAGAGAGACCCCGACGGGAAUAUUGUACACUAUUACUUUGUGGACGGUGACACCCCUGGCUAUCAAUUUUACCAUAUACCCAGCGAGACGGGCAAGAGAAGUCUUCUUGGGCCGGUGCUGAGAAGUCGAUCAGAGGCAAAGACACCAUUCUUUACUGACAGCUUCGGCUUAACCGACAAGUACAUCCUUGUCGCCGAGCAGCCUGCCCUCAUCUAUCAGAAUUUCUCCGGCAGGUUUCUGAAAGAUCUCGGUACUCGCUGGCAUGUGCUUAGCCGUACAAGUGGCGAGGAAUUGACCAUUUUCGACAGUCCGGCAUUUUUCUUCUUUCAUUUCAUCAACGCUUAUGAAGACACAGACGAUGAAGGCCACACCAUGAUUGUUGUUGAUAUUCAGACCUAUCCAAAUAUGGACGUGCAAUCAGCUAUGGACAUUAGGCAAUUACGAAACGAUAGCCGCGCCGUGAUGCAUGCCUUUAGCCAAGGUGCACCCCAUCGUUACAGACUGCCACUGUCGCAAGCUAGAGGAACGGUGGUGAAAGGCGAGCGACUAUCCGAGCAUUCCAUUGAAGUUCCCACGAUAUCAUAUGACUUGUUCAAUACUCGCAAGUACCGCUAUGUCUACGGUAUUUCGGGAACAGAGGAGAAGUCUGUAUGGUUUGAUAGGCUGAUAAAACUCGACCUGAAUACACCGAAUCCCCAUGGUGAAGGUUGCUUGUCCGUGCACUGGACGGGGAAGGACCUGUAUCCAGCUGAACCAGUAUUCGUUCCCCGAAGUUCGAAAGGUGCAGAGGACGACGGCGUGGUGCUCAGUAUCGUGCUCGAUGCUGCUGCUAAGCACUCUUUUCUUUUGGUGCUGGAUGCUUCUAAGUUUAUAGAAAUUGCUAGCGUUCCCCUGAAAUUUGUAAUUCCGCAUGGUUUUCACGGCAGAUUUUUCCACAAUGCCACAUUUCCUGCAAUGAGUAGUUCCAGCUCAGAACCCUAGGCUCUAGCUGAUCAUAAAGGUUGUUUCCAACCAUAAACACCUGGGAAUAAUGCUUGAUGAUCGUCUCUCUUGGUCUUACCAUAUUGAUGUUCUUUGCAGCCGUUCAAGCUCUGCCCUAGGUGUUAUACGUCCCCAUUGUUUCCAUCUUCCUGUCAAAUGCAAAAUUUUGUUUUACAAACUCAGUACAUCCUCAGACCUGCCUCUUUUCAUCUACGCUACUGUUAGCUGGUGUGGCUUGUGCUCGGUUCUCGCUGAGCGUCUCGAAAUCCACCAUAGAACACUUCUUCGUAUCCUGUUUAGUCUACCCCCUCUCUACUCUUCUGCUUCCCUGUAUGUCCUUGCAAAUGCUUGCCCACUGUCGACCCACCGUCAAAAAUUAAGUUGCACUUUUGCUCACAAAUUUAAACUAGCUCUACAUCCUCCUCAUCUUAGCGUGUAUAACUGGUUCCGAAUCAGAGAUGGCUCCCAGACAAGAUGCUCUGUUGCCCUCCCCUUGGCUAAAACGUCCUCCCUUGUACACUCUCCACUCUUUGUUGCCUACUCUGCUUGGCUUGCGCUGCCCGCUACUACGCGCAAUGCCAGUACCCUGGACGCAUUUAAAUCUGCUCACUAGAUUCGCCAUCACCUGUCCCUCCCAUGCUUCUCCGUCUUGACCAUUACUUUUCUUCUUUUCUUCUUUUCACCAUGGUUGGUUAACACCCACAUCUCCCGUACUGGCUGAUUUUCUUUUCAUGCCAUGAGGUGUUGUCUAUAAUAAUAAUAAUAAUAAUAAUAGAAAUAAUAAUAAUAAUAAUAAUCUUCCAACAAUACAUACAUUACAUGACUGUAAAUAACUGUGCAGACUCAUGUACAAACAUACAUGAGUAUGUACAAUGUAGUACUGAAAUAUACCAUGCAUGGUUUGUGUUGAAGCUUCCUACUGUGAACGAACGGGUUGCUUUUUUUAUUUCAUCUGCCAUGUCUUUUGUUUCGGCUCUUGAUAUUAUGAUACUGUUCGUCUCAGAUAUUGAAGAAAGUGUUUGUCUCGAUACCGUA